CUCCGUAGGGUUCGUUGCUCGCGGAGACUGAGGCGGCGCGGGGUGAGGAGAGAGACCGACGAGGAUGCAGAUCUUCGUGAAGACCCUUACGGGGAAGACCAUCACUCUCGAGGUCGAGAGCAGCGACACCAUCGACAAUGUGAAGGCCAAGAUCCAGGACAAGGAAGGGAUUCCGCCGGACCAGCAGAGGCUGAUCUUUGCCGGGAAGCAGCUCGAGGAUGGACGAACCCUAGCCGACUACAACAUUCAAAAAGAGUCGACGCUGCAUCUUGUGCUGAGGCUGAGGGGUGGGAUCAUUGAGCCCUCCCUUAUGGCUCUUGCCAGGAAGUACAACCAGGAAAAGAUGAUCUGCAGAAAAUGUUAUGCACGGUUGCACCCAAGGGCUGUCAAUUGCCGGAAAAAGAAGUGUGGUCACAGUAAUCAGCUGAGGCCUAAGAAGAAGAUCAAGUAAAUUACUUUUUUGAAUUUCUUUUGGCCUCCCGAGGCAAAGAUAUUGGCGCGGACACCGAUUCCUAUAUUUGAUCAUCCUGGCCUGGAGUCUGUCUGUUAUCACCUUUUGUUAUUGUUUUGAAGUGGCAUCAAGACAUUUCUUGGAUGUUUUGAAUUAUUAUUUUCCAUUCUGAAUACUGGUCUUCCGGUUGA